GCAAGAUUUCCAUGGAAGAGGCUUUACCAGACACAUUGGAAGUGCUUGAAUACCGCUUACACGACGAUGCACCUCAGGUGGUCAAACGAGCGAUCACAUGCAAUGCUACGCUACACCAGAUGGUCUUCUCGUGGAUGUGCAGGGUGUCGAUGGAGAAGGCGGAAGCGAGCAGAGAUUUGUGGGACCAGUUGGUGGCCAUGAAGGACAUCAUCUGCGAACGUCUCACAACAACUGACAACAUCGGCUUCAAGAGCACGGCGGUGAAGUUUGUGGAGGUGAUUGUGCUGCUAUACUCGCGCAAGAACGCCGACUCGGAGAACAAGCACAAACACCAGACACCGUCUGUAGACCGUAUUCCCGAGAGACAUACUGUACUGGAAGCGGAUGAGCUCACUCAGGAGGCAGGCCAUCUGGUGGAACUGCUAAUGUCCACCUUCCAGACAGAGCCCAAUACGGGAUACUUGGUAGUGGUCGUUGCAGUACUUGGGUCCAUUGCCAGGCAACGCCCAGAGCAACACUUUGCCUACAUAGUCAACGGGCUGUGUGAUCAGGCCGACGCCCUAGCAACCAAGCCGCACAUCACGGAGUCCCAACGGGAGAGUCUCGCAAAGGCGCUGAAGACACAGCUGAUGGGAUUGUUGCGUCAUCCUACGGCCGCAGUUAAUGCCGAAGCCCCCGAGCGCAUGGCCCGAGUGCUGGUCAACAAGCUCAGUACCAAGAAGAAUGACGUUGAGAGGCUAUACAGACAGACAAUGGCCGAAAAUCUGCGCAUGACUACCACCACGGACAACGCCUCCAUAUUCGACCCGAACACAACAGUCAAUCAGAAUGUGCCAUCGGCCAGCGAUCCACGGGUCAGCCAAUCAGAACGCGGCGUUAAACGAGACUACAGUGAUACGGGUGUUACAGCCAACGAGGGCCACGCAAUAGCCGACUCACGCCAUGUGAAGAAACCAAAAAUUAGCCAGGUGAUAGACCAGGGGAUCCAGAAGAAGAAGGUCUUAAGUGAACGCGAACUGCUACUGGCACGGCUAUUGGACGAGAUUCCAUUGGCCGAAGCCAAACUGACAUCGCUCACUCUGCCCAUGGCGCUAGAGCCAGGCAUGUUGCGUGAGUUAGUGCUGCUGACCCUACCUAAGCUGCCGGCCCAGGCACCGCCAGACUUCACCUUUGAGCCAGACGAGCUGGAGAAGAAUUGUAAACUAAUCAUCUCAACGGCGAAUGAUGCCAAAGAUCCUCGCAAGGCAGCAACCAUUGUAUUCCCCCCAGCUCUCAUAGCGCUACUGAGACCCGAUAGCACCAGCACGAUCACAGCAACCGACAAAUCAGACAUAUCAGGCAAUUCAGACAAAUUAGACAAAUUAGAAACAGCAGAAAAAGUAGAAAAAGUAGCUCCUCCCAAGAUUGAGGCGGCUGCGGCCACCCUCACUCCGAAGCCCUCAGCUUCAAAGACAGGCAGUGCCGCAGCAGGCACGCGCAAGAAAAAGUUUGAACCUCCUGUAUUAAAAGCCAAACCGGCUGUGCGUAAGGGUCCGUUUGUGCUCAAACCAUUGCCACUGGACGCACCGCAACGUCUCGCAUUGGCACUGCAAGCGUUCACGCGCAUUCUGCACAACGAGGAGCCUUUGCUCUCCACAGGACAAUGCCACAAGCGAGUGGCCCUGAUAGUCAAGAUGGCUUCCAUGACCAUGCGCCUCAGCGCUCCCCCUGCUCAGGUCAAAGGCGAGGCAUCAGAAGUGCAGGAGACUGACGUGGCCCCCGAAAACGAUCCCUUCGCAAACGCACUGCUGCAGUUUAUACUGGCGGACUUCAAGCGAGGCUUUGAGUUGCUGCUUAUAUGGCUGUAUCAAGAAUACCGCAACGCCGAGCUCUUCGCAGUGUACGGUAUUCCCGUUGCUAUGGAUAUUGACCAAUCAGAUGACACGAAUAUUAAAAUCGAGCCAGAGUCGCCCCAAAAGACCCAACGGUACGGCUACAAGCGGUUCGACUACUUCCUGAUGCAGGCUGUGUUGGCGUGUAAGGAUAUACUCACACCUAAAGACCGUAUGUUCACACGGCUUAUUCUGGAAUCACCCCGGAUAACACCUGGUGUGCUCGAGGUCGUGAGAGAUUACUGCCACUCGGAAGAAUACUCGGCGCUUGGUGUGGCGACCGUGCGUGAUCUGAUCGUACAUCGCGUGCCUGACAGGAUACCCGCUCUCAGACUUCUGCUCGAGUGCACCAACUCGCCGGAUGCUGCGAUGUCGCGAACGAAUGCCAUCAUCAACAUCAAGAAAAUAUACAGCACCAUUCCCAGUGUACGGGACCACAUCGAAUCAUUUGCCAUCGAGAACUUCAGGCAACUACUGCCCGAACACCCCAGCAAAGCAAUCUACGUCGCACCCGCUCCAGAACAACCCAACGAUGCAGAAGCAGAGGACAGUCAGAACCCGCAGAAAGAGACUACAUCGGAAACGGACCCAUCAGUGCACCCAAGUGAAAAGGAAAAGAACCGGUCCAGCUCCAAACCCUCAUCUGAUACAGGUGCGGACAGUGCUAUGCAGGUGGACACGGUCAAGACCGAGCCAGAAGACAGCCUAGUCAACGACGAUCAAGUGCUGGAAUGGAAUGACGCGAGUAUCGAGCUGUGCUGUCUACUGUAUUAUGCGCUGUGUGUGACCAAUACCAGUUUACUGGGGGGCGUAUUCGCACUCUACUGUCAGUGCAGCAACAAGAAGGUACAGGCAGGCAUCCGUCGCAACAUCGACACACUUGUGCGUCACAUCGGAGCCGAUAAUGAAGAUUUACAAGCAGUCAUUCGUGAUUAUCCCGAAGGCGCUGAUCACUUAGUACUCAAGGCGCUCAACAUCGUUACUCAGGCCUCCAGGAAGGAUGGCACGUUACCCAUAGCUCUAGUAGAGAUCGCCCGAGAAAAGUUCCAGUCCACCAACAACAUACAUUUCCUCAUCCAAGUGCUGGCGGGGCUUAACCGAGACGAUAUAGUCACUAAUCUCGGUGCAAUGCUGGGAAUCAACGAGGCAGUUACCAAAGAUGUGCUAGAUAGAUUGCUUGCGCCGUAUGGCUCCGGAGGUAGUGGGAACGGGUCUAUCACACCGGCAGAUCUACUCAUAGCCAUACAUGAGCUCCGGCCUGCUAACAAACAGAAGCAGAAGAACAUAAUUUUCGCACACCGCUACUGUUUCGAGAAGAAGGACGUGCUGUCGCCCGAGGUGUUGGGUGUUGCCAUUCAGCAGAUGGUAGACACUGUACCGUUGUCGCCUAUGCUUAUGUUGACGGUCAUUAAGAGUGUGGAGGCCUAUCCCAAAAUGCAGGAUUUCGUUCUUUCCAUUCUAACACGGUUGAUCAGCAAAAGUAUAUGGAAUACGGGGUCGCUGUGGAAGGGCUGGAUCAAAUGCUGUACGUCGCAGCAGAUGCAACCGCAGAGUUAUUCGGUGCUGUUGCAGUUGCCGUAUCGGCAGCUUAAAGAGAUCCUAGAGCAACAGACCAACUUGGGCGAUGAGCUGGUGAAAUACGUGAAGGGUCUACCCAUCCUGCAGCAAAACCAGGUACCCCGAGAUAUUCGUCGCACGUUGGGCAUCAAAUUGUGAUAGUUUAGCGCUGAUAUGUCGAUUACGCGCUGCAUACCUGCGAGCCACCAAGUGUUACACCGCAGUGAAAGAGUAUUAGACAGUGAUGUAUACAUAGUGACCUAAUAAAAGAUUUAGCUUUUGUCGUAAAGCAUGCCGCGUCGUCGUCAAGUUCGCACGAAAUGCAAUCACGAAUAUACUGGCGUCAGGACGGAGGAAGAAGUGACAGGCAGCGAAUUGAAUAGUAACGGAAACGAAGACGGGGAGGAGAUUCUCAGAAGUGUUCAAAUCACAGAAAACGUUUGGUGGUGUAGAAAGCCCGCGAGAAUUCAAAAGCGAACCUCUGCAGGAAUAUAGCUACAGUAAAGUAUUUUCCAAUAUAAAACCCGAGCACGGUAAUAGAUAAUCCUCAAGGUUCAUGUACUAAUCGGUUACUUUAUAUGGCAUCUAAAUUUUGAAUAAAU